UCGCCAAAAACAACACGCGUUUCUUCAAACUCCCUUCAAAGAAAUUUUCCGCUUUUAUUGGAGUAUGUACAGUAAUAGGAGUACUUUUAUAUCGUGAUAACUAUUUAUCGAGCUGUGGUAAAACUCGAGUUCAAGAUAAAGUUGCACAUAUAGCAAGACAGCCAUUAGCUGUAAACGAGUUACCACGUAAAGUGACUGUGUAUCUGGCACCGCCUGGUGGGGAUGGAAUACAUAAGACGAGAAUACAUUUUCGUGAAUAUGUCAAGCCAGUAUUGAUUGCGGCUGCUUUGGAUUAUGAUGUGGUCGAAGGAACGAGACCAGGUCAACUAAGAUCAUUAGUACGCGACUCUAUAAUAAAACAGCGAAAAUUGAAAGCAGCAGAAGCAACAGCUACAUCAGAAACGGCAACAUCUUUAUCAUUAUCAGAUUCCAAAGUCACAUCAUCUUCAUCGUCAAUAAGUACUGAUGAAGUACAGGAAAAUAAUGGCGGCGGAGAAGGAGGUGACGUAAUUGUUAUUGGACGCACCAGUUAUAUGUACAAAAAAAGAAUGACUCAAAAAAAAUAUGAACGAAUUGGUUACAUACACUUUUACAAUCGCAUCGGAUGGAUGAAUAUACCAUUACGAAUAUAUCACGCAUUUAAUUCUCACAAAAAUUUUGAACUUGCUGGCGAAGAAACCGUCAAAGUUGCGCUGGGCAACGCGCGAGAAUUCUCAAAUGCCGAUUUGGAAAUCGGAAAAGACGAGGAGAAAUUUUUCAAGGGAGUGUCGAUUGAUGAACCUGUGCUUGAUGAAAAGAUUGCUGGACGGUCUUUAGAAAAACCGCCUCCAAUGCCUCCAAGGCCGAGGUCGGCGCCUGGGAAAACUGAAAUUAUCAAAAAACAAAUAGAAAAUACCACAAACGAAUUAAACAAAACACUUAAAGAAUUGUCCGAGCGUGAACAUAAACUUGGAGAGCUCGAAGAAGCUACUGCUAUGCUUGUAGAAGAUGCACAUGCUUUCUCCACUACCGCUCAUCAAACUCAACGAAGAAUGUGGUGGAAGAGUGCAAAAAUGACUAUAAUUCUUACCAUAGUUGUUCUAUUGAUAUUAGCAGCGAUCAUUA